AUUAAAACAAAUUGAGAAAUCUGAACUUUCAAUUUUAAAAAAAAAAAAAAACUGUCAAUUAAAUUUACUAAUUUGUUCAUGUUUAUUCUUUAGGUUAGGUUUUUAUGUCUGGAUAAAUUUGUUUUUCUACUUCAAUGUUAAGAAUGGAGAUGUAUGUGUCUUGUAUUAAAAUAUUUGGUGUUCCAAUUGUUCCGCCGCUUGUAAGUAAAUUAAAAAUUUCAAUGAAUAUUAAUUUAUUUUAACAAUGAUGUUUUUUUUUUACUUUUAAAUAGAAUGAAAUAACAAUAUUAUGUAAUACUUAUAUCAAUUGAAUUUCAUCCGAAAUUUAAUUUUGUGGCAAUAUUUUUGCAAACUACGUAUUCAAAAAUACUAGAUAUUCAGUUAUGUAUCCAAUUAGGUUAUGUCUAAAAAUUCUUUCAUGUUAAAUUACUUAAAGCUAUAAACAUAUUAUUACAAAUAUGUACUUCAUCUCAAUUUUAACUCAUGUAUAUCACUAUUGUAAAAAAAAAACCCUCAGUAGGUUUCUAGGUGCACCUAUAAUGCUAAUGUGAUAAACUUUAAACUCCCAUAACUUAUUUAAUGAUUUCCAUAUAAAAAUUCAAACAUUUCUGAAAUCAGCAUCAAAAAACACUUAUUUAAAAAAUUAGAAAUGAAAGAAUGUCCGGUAAACUAGACUUAUUCCAUUAAUAAUAAUUAUUAAAUUUAUCAUUAUUAUUUUAAAUAAUUAAAAAGCAAGUAUUUAAUUUGUUCUUUACAUCCUAGAUGACUGAUGAAAAAAAACAGCAAAUGAAAGAAUUUAAAGAAAAAGCAAUGGCUUUUGAAAAUAAACUCAAAGGAAAAAGAAUAAGUUUGGAUAGUGGUGUAAUGACUGCAAGUGUGGAAAUGCAAAAACUUGAUAAUUACGAAUCGCCUACAAAUGUUUUAAAAGAAAUUGCUUAUUGUGAUGCGAAUGGUAUUAAUACAAUUCCAACAGAAAACAAGAUGGAAACUGAAAGUUCUGUUUCUCCAGAAACACCAACAUUAGUGUCUGAAGAAAAACACAUUUUAAAAGAUAGUGUUUUUGAUAAAAAUUUGCUUAGUAAAAAAGCUGAUAAUGUCAGUUUAAAUGGUAAAUCUUGUGACUCUUUGAAUUCAAAACAAGAAUCAAAUCAUAUUUUAACUAUAAGUAAUUUGACUAUUCGUGAUGGAGAGUAUUUAAAUGAUAAUUCUCUUUCUAAUAAACAGUCUUCUAUUAUAAAAUCUGAAAAUGUUGCGACAGUUGAAAAUUCUUGUGGUACAUUAAUUUCAAAACAAGAAUCAACUAAAUUAUUAACUGUUACUAAUGCAAAUUGUAAUGAUAAAUAUAAUGCAACUAUAGAACAAACUCCUCGUUUAAGAACUAAUUCGUAUACUUUGUCAUCACCAAGUCCUAUAAUGGUAGCAUUUUUAAACAGCCAAGUUCAACAACAACUGAUAGAACCAAAAGGUUUAGAAAAUAAUGUUAAUUCUACUAAAGAGAGUAAAUCUGAGCCCUGUAUGAGUUAUGCAGUCAACAAUUGUGAUGAAAACAUAUUAAAAGUUAAAAGUAUUUCACUUCACUCUGUUCCUGAUUCAUUUAAUAAUCAAGCAGUAAUAAAUAAUUUAGCAAAGUACAAACAACUGAGUAUUACUGAUAAACAUAUUGAAGAUCAAACCAUAUUUGAUCAAAGCCAGCUAGAUGAAAGAGGAAGUGUAACAACAAUUGGAACAAAUUUCAGCAAUGAUGAAAGUAUUGUAGGAAGUGUAGUAACCAUUUGCAAUGAAAACGACCGAACUUCAAGUCCAAUGACAUAUAGCAAAUCAAUAAAAAAUUGUUGUUGCAGACAUAGUGAUGAUGAAUACUCUUUAUGUAGCAAUAAUACACAAUAUCAAACACCUGAAGAACUAAACCUAGAGGUUGAACGUUUGCGAAUAGAAAAGUUGGACAUAGAAAAAAGGCAUCAAGAUGAAUUGGCCUAUUUAAUAAAAAAACAAAGGGAAGAGCAAGAACAAAUUGCUGUUCGGUACUAUUUAAUAACACGUAGUACAUCUGGAAUGUCUUUAGACGAUUCUGAAUACUCGGUAUAUUCAUCGAAACACAUGAAAUCAAAUUCUUUGUCUUCUUCUAUUAUUUCUAACUGUUCAAGUAAUAAAAACUUAGUUAGUUCAUCUCCUAGACCAAAAACACCUUCAAAUUCUCCACUUUUACAACAAAAUAUUAAAUUCUAUCAUAGAAUACGUGGUAGCUUGGGUGCAAGAUGGUCAAGAGCACCCUCCGAAGUGGAACACUCUGCAGCGACUAUUAUAAAUGCUGGUGUUAGAGGCUAUUUGACCAGAAGACUUUUACGUACUGAAAAAGCUCAAUUAUUAAAAAAGACUAUUCUAGAUUCAUUAAAGACGGCUCUGGUAAUGCAUAUGGAAUUAAAGAAACAGAAGCCUACUGAAUCUGAUCUUGAACUGCACCGUAGAAUCAUCAAUCAGGUGUCUAUAAUUUUUAUAUUUAUAUAAACCAUGAACUAAGAUAUAAUAUUUCAGUUUGUGAUAUAAAUGUUUGUUCAUCUGCCAAAACAAAACAAUGGCUUGUUUUGUUUCAUUUCACUUUUUUUAACUUUUAAUCUAAUCUCUUUGAACCAGUAGAAAUACAAAAUUUUUCAUAGAUGAUGCUAAAAAAAAUAACAUAUUUUGUUACAGCAGGCAAUAUAUUUAUGAAUUUAUGUAUAUAUACAGGUUGUAACACCAAAAUCUGACACCUGAAAUAACUUUUGCACUAAUUUUGUUUUCUUCUUAUUAUUACUAAAGCCUUAAUAAAUUCCUCUAUUCAAUAUAUUUUUUAAACUAAAAAUUAAAAAUUGUUUUUUACAAAAUUUAUAAACAUAAAUAUAUAUAUUUUAUAGCAAAAUUUUGGUGUUACAAAUAUUUACUAAUGAUUAAGUUUUUACAAUUUAUUGUAGUUUACAAUAAUUUAAAUUGUCACUACUAAGUAAUAUCAAUCAAUUCACCAAUUUUUUAAUGAAAAAUAAAUGUAUUAAAUUUGCGUAAACUUCAAAAAUUUUGUAGACACUAUUUAUCGUUAGUAAAUAUUUGUAGCAUCAACAUUUUGUUUCAAAAUAUGUUGGUGUAAUAGAGGAAUCAUAGUGCAAGACUCAAAAAAUUAUAACAAGAAAAAAAAAACAGUAAAAAAAAUUGAACAAAAAAAUGUUAUUUUAGGUGUGAUAUUUGUAUAACACUUUAUAGAUCAACAUAACAUAAGACAUUCAUUAUUUUGGAAAGUAUAAAAUUUGUUUUUUAGAAAAUUUAAGAAAUAAACAGUUUUAAAAUGUUAUAUUAGUGUUGGUUUGUAUUGCUCGGAUAUUUAAAGAUGAAACCCAAACCCACAUAAAUUUUCAAUAACAACCUUUAUUCAUAGAUCCAUAAUAAAAUGAAGUUUUAGGUUGAAUCAAUUUUAUUGUCGACAUUUUUAAUUUUUAGUUAACUAUUGAUAAGACAUUUUAUUUUUAAAUAUUUUUGUUGAGUGUAGUGCAGCAUCAUUUGUGUUGUGACCCAACUUUUAAAUUAUGUUGAUUACUACUGCAGAUAUUUUUGUGAUUUUCUUAAAUAAUUAUUAUAUGUUUAUUUUUUUAACUAGCUAACUACAGCUUGCUACGAUUUGAAUGAUUUAAUUUUGGGAUCUAUACAUGAGAGGAUGAUUAUAAUCAGAAGUGAUCGUGAACGACUGAUGGCUGUAAAAAUGAGACGCAGAUCAAGUUCAGGAUUGAUUACUAAACUAUCCCGAUCAUCAAAACAGUAAACCUAUUAUUUUUAUAUUUACAAUAAAUAAGUAACAUUAAAUUAAUGUGUUAUUAUUUAUGUAUAGGCCAAAAAAAUCAACAUCAGCUUAUUCAUUAUCAAAAAAAACAUCUAGUACUAGUAGUACUUAUUCAGACAAAAGUUCCUAUAAGAAAUAUUAAUAUUAUUUGAGUAAAAAGAAAUAUCUAUUAUAAAUCUAUGUUUUAAAAAAAAAAUUGUAUUGAAUUAUUUUGCUAUGUUAAAACCACAUAAUUUGUUUUGUAGCACAAUAAUUAUUUUAUGAUUAAAAAGUUCUCAUUAGUUAUAAGAUUUAAACCAAAGCAAAGAUACCGUCCCAAUUUUAGUUAUAUGUAUUAGAAAAAUGAAUUUUUUUUUUUUUUUGUUAUUUUAACACUUGCAUGGUAUUUUAUAUUUAAAUUUUUUUUAAGACAACAAAUUAUAUUAUGUUUAGUGUAUACGACAUUUAAGCAAUUAAACAAAUUGUAAAUAAAGGUAUAUUAUGUUAUAAAUAGUGAAGUAUAUUUUAUUUUAUUGGUUUUUUUUUUUUUUAAAUGUAAUAACGUAAUCUCACAGAGAACUUUUGCAAUGCCUUAAGAAUUAUAAGCACA